AUGGAUAUUACCUUCUUCUCCUUGCCGGCCUUCCUUCUCAGUUCGAUCUUGUUCCUCGUAUUUUGUCUGAAAUUGGUAAGAAGCUUCAGCAGAAGCUGCAGCGUCAUCCAAUCAAAGCUACCGCCAGGGCCAUGGAGGCUUCCGAUGAUAGGAAGCAUCCACCACCUGGGCGGCUGCCUGCCCCACCGGCGACUGAGAGAACUGUCGGAGAAACACGGGCCGGUGAUGUGGCUGCAACUGGGAGAAAUCUCAACGGUGGUUGUUUCUUCUGCAGAAGCUGCCAAAGAAGUACUGAAGACGAAGGAUCGUAUAUUUGGUCAAAGGGCUUUUGCUGCUGGUUCUGAUGUUUUGUUAGAUGCUGGUUCGCCUGUAAACCUCGCCGAGAAAAUCUUUGACACGGCGUGUCGGAUUGUUUCAAGGUCAGCCUUCCACCGCCGGAAUAAGCUCGAUGAUGAUGGCCAACAACAAGAAGCAAUGAUCUUUGUCUGUGGGGCGGUGGUCUCCAUGUCACCGGACAUCGCCCACCUGUUUCCUUCCCGGAAGUGGCUUCGCGCGCUCACGGGAGCCAGACGGAAGUACGAUGAGCUCCGUCGGAGAAUUGACGUGCUUCUGGAAAACAUCAUCGCCGCCGCCGAUGGUGAUGCCGGAGAUGAGGGAGAAGAAGAACCUUUACUCUGCUCUUCUCAGUUUGAAACGUCAUGGUGA